GCUCUGUGCUGAGCCCAGAGCUGCUGGCAGAGCGCGCAAACCUGAACUUGGCCCAUCAUCCGCACUGUGCCUUCUGCACACCCUCGCACCCCUGCCUGAGAAGCCAGGAGCUGCUUCUGCAUCCCCAGGAUGGCGAAGGUGGCCAAGGAUCUCAACCCCAGAGUCCAGAAGAUGUCUCUGAGCCAGCAGCAGUCUGCAAGAGGAGUGUCUUGUCUGCGAUGCAAGGGAACGUGCUCGGGCUUCGAGCCUCAUUCGUGGAGGAAAAUAUGCAAGUCUUGUAAAUGCAGCCAGGAGGAGCACUGCCUGAGCUCUGACCUGGACGACGAUCGGAAAAUCGGGCGCCUGCUGAUGGACUCCAAGUAUGCCACCCUCACUGCCCGGGUAAAAGGUGGAGAUGGCAUCCGGAUCUAUAAGAGGAACCGCAUGAUCAUGACGAACCCCAUUGCCACCGGCAAAGACCCCACCUUUGACACCAUAACCUAUGAGUGGGCUCCUCCAGGAGUCACCCAGAAACUGGGCCUACAGUACAUGGAACUCAUCCCCAAGGAGAAGCAGCCGGUGACAGGUACUGAGGGUGCCCUCUACCGCCGACGCCAGCUUAUGCAUCAGCUCCCUAUCUAUGACCAGGACCCCUCUCGCUGCCGAGGACUUGUGGAAAGUGAGCUGAAAGCAAUGGAAGAAUUUGUCAAGCAGUACAAAAGCGAGGCCCUUGGGGUGGGCGAAGUGGCCCUCCCAGGCCAGGGAGGCUUGCCCAAGGAGGAAGGCAAGACACAGGAAAAGCCAGAAGGCACAGAGACCACUGCCCCAACCACCAAUGGCAGCCUGGGUGACCCAUCCAAGGAAGUGGAAUAUGUCUGUGAGCUCUGCAAGGGAGUGGCCCCUGCUGACAGCCCCGUGGUCUAUGCUGAUAGGGCUGGCUACAGCAAGCAGUGGCACCCCACAUGUUUUGUGUGUAUCAAGUGCUCAGAGCCACUGGUGGACCUCAUCUACUUCUGGAAGGAUGGUGCACCCUGGUGUGGCCGCCACUACUGUGAGAGCUUGAGACCCCGGUGCUCAGGCUGUGAUGAGAUCAUCUUCUCAGAAGACUACCAGCGCGUGGAAGACCUGGCCUGGCAUAGGAAGCACUUCAUUUGUGAGGGCUGUGAACAGCUGCUGAGUGGCCGAGCAUACAUCGUCACCAAGGGUCAGCUUCUGUGCCCCACUUGUAGCAAGACCAAACGCUCCUGAAGGGCUGCCCACCCACAGCCAGAGUUUAUUGGAUCCCACCAGGAGACUGAAGCCAUCCUCUGGGGCAGAUGCAACAGCCAACUAAAAAACGUAUAUUCUAGGUUGAGUGGUGGUAGAUCCUUGAGGGUCAGUAGCUUUUAAACCAGAGGUAUUCUAGGAAGUCUUCAAAUGAAUUUAUUGUUUCCCAACUGCAACUAACUAAAGACACACUGGUAUCCUGCAAGGGAGCUCUAGCAGAAAUUUCCCAGAGUGCAUUUCUGAGGGAUCCAAUCAAGUAGCUGUAGGCUGUGCUUUCUCCCCCCAUGGACAGGGGAUCCCUCCAGGGGGCAGGAUGGGAUCUCAACUCUCAUUUGUUUGUCUCUUUUUCAAAUGGAAUCUUCAGUAAAUAUGCUCGCAUGAUAAACAUAUCAAUAAAAGGUUUAUUAAUUUCA